AUGGGUAGUAGACGUCAUAAGAAUAAGCAAGCUGCUCCACCAAGUUUGGACGAGUUCCAGGCCAAGAGAGACAGAAGAUUGAAGAAAGAAGAAAAGGCUAGUAAGAGAUCUUCUACUGCAGCUGUAUCUUCGAAGGAUGGCAAGAAAUCCAAGAAGCAAAAAUUGGAAAAGAGUAAGCCUCGUGUAGAGGAAGAAGAGGAAGAGCUUGUUUCAGAGGAAGAAGUUUCUAACCUAGAAGAAAUCUCCCAAGAGAAAAAAACGCUCUUUGAUGAUGACAAUGAUGAUGAAGAAGAAGAAGAUUUACAAGACGAAUUUGAUUUGGAACAGGAAUAUGAAAACGACGAUGACGAUGUCCAUGCAAGACCAAUGUUUUCUGACGAUGAAGAUGAAGAAGACCUAGAAGAAUUAAAUGUUGCUAAUAUGGAAUCCUUGUCCAAGAAAUUGGAUGAAGAAGAAGCCGAAGAAGCCGAAGAAGCUGAAAGAGAACUGGUAGAAGCAGCUGCUAUGCAACCUAGAGCUGACGUUUUACCUUCCAAGGAGGAGGAAGAAUUGAUGGCUCAAGGUCCAGCCGAUUUAACUGCAGUAAGAACUAGAAUGAUUGAAAUUGUGAAAGUCCUAGAAGAUUUCAAAAGUUUAGGCGCUGAAAAUAGAUCAAGAUCAGAAUACGUUGACAGAUUAUUAAAAGAUAUUUGUGAAUAUUACGGUUAUUCACCCUUCUUAGCAGAAAAAUUAUUCGACUUAUUUUCUCCAGCUGAAGCUGUUGAAUUUUUCGAAGCUAAUGAAGUUGCAAGACCAAUUACCAUUAGAACUAACACUUUAAAGACAAGAAGAAGAGAUCUGGCUCAAACUCUGGUCAACAGAGGUGUCAAUUUACAACCAAUAGGUAACUGGACAAAAGUUGGUCUACAAAUUUUUGAUUCACAAGUUCCCAUUGGUGCCACCCCAGAAUAUUUAGCUGGUCAAUAUAUCUUACAAGCGGCUUCUUCUUUCUUACCUGUUAUUGCAUUAGAUCCACAAGAAAAUGAACGUAUCUUAGAUAUGGCAUCUGCCCCAGGUGGUAAGACAACUUAUAUUUCUGCAUUGAUGAAAAACACUGGUUGUGUCUUCGCUAAUGAUGCCAAUAAAAACAGAACCAAGUCUUUGAUUGCCAAUAUUCACCGUUUAGGUUGUACAAAUACCAUCGUCUGUAAUUACGAUGCCCGUGAAUUCCCAAAAGUCAUUGGUGGUUUUGACAGAAUUUUGUUAGAUGCGCCAUGUUCUGGUACCGGUGUUAUUGGUAAGGAUCAAUCUGUUAAAGUCUCACGUACUGAAAAAGAUUUCAUUCAAAUUCCUCAUUUACAAAAACAAUUACUUUUGUCUGCUAUUGAUUCAGUUGACGCAAACUCUAAAAGUGGUGGUGUCAUUGUCUAUUCAACAUGUUCUGUGGCUGUGGAAGAAGAUGAAGCUGUUGUCGAUUACGCUCUUAGAAAAAGACCAAACGUUAAAUUAGUAGAAACUAACUUAGCUAUUGGUAAAGAAGGUUUUACUAGUUUCAGAGGGAAAAAAUUCCAUCCGAGCUUGAAAUUAACUAGAAGAUACUAUCCUCAUACUUACAAUGUCGAUGGUUUCUACGUUGCUAAAUUCCAAAAGGUGAGACCAUCUCCACACGACGAUAACCAAGCCAGCGCAAGAGAAAAGGAAGAUGCCGCCAGAAGGGAAGCAGAAGAAGAAGGUAUCAUCCAUUCUGAUUUCGCCAAGUUCGAUGAGCAAGAAGAUGAAAGAUACAUCAGUAAAUCUAAGAAAGACAGUCUCCUAAAGAAAGGUAUCAAUCCAAAGGCCACAAAAAGAUCUUAG